AUGCGCAACGCCAAGUUGGCCGGCGCGUCGGCCGCCGUAGUGUACCUGGCUGGAGGGGUCGAGGGCGACCAGUAUUGGCAGCUGCUGAGCCUGGGGCCCCCGGAGCAGGUGGCCGCCAUCCCAGCCGUCUUCGUCGGCGCGAGUGCCGCAGACGACAUGCUUGCCCUUUUGGCAUGGGCGCCGGGCAGGAGAGUGCACGCUCUGGUUGGGGCGGGCAAUCGCACUACAGUCACCCUGGCACAGCGGGUCGACCCCCGCCCGAGGAGGACGGCCGUGCUGUCGGGCACGAGCCAGCAGGUCAUCGCCCGCUGGGACGCCGCGGUCGCCGGCCUCGGGGACGGCGGCUUGCUGCAGGCCCUCUUUCUGGGGACCGGGGUCAAUGCAGUGGUGGAGGGCUGCAUCUUCAGGGGUGACGGCGCCGCGCCCCGAGCCCAAACGGGAUUUGAUGCGGCCCCCGCCGCCGGCGCCCCCGGCGGCGCCGCCGUCGCCGGCGGCCCGGGCAGCGUGCUGCGCGUGUCGGGCAGCGAGUUUGUCGGCAAUCGCCGAGGGGCCGUGGCAUUUUCGGGCUCUGACAUAUCGCUGGAGCGCUGCCGGUUCCACCACCACCCGCGGGGCGCCGUCCUGCUGACCGGCGGCGCAGCGCAGCAGGCCCACAUCGCACGUUGCGAGUUCCUGAACUGCACCUACGACGGCGGCGGCGGCGCGGUGCGGGCGGCCGGGCGCAGCGUUUCGCUGUCGCUCGUCGACUCCGCCUUUGUCGCCUGCUCCGCCGGCACGCGCGGCGCGGGCGGGGCGGUGCAUUUCGGGGGAGGCGGCGGCAGCAGCAGCAGCAGCAGCAGCAGCAGCAGCAGCAGCAGUGGCGGCGGCGGCGGCGGCGUGCUCGCCAUUCGCGGCGGCUCCUUUGAGGGUAACGCGGCGGCCCUGGGCGGCGCAGUGUUUGUGGGCGGCGACGGCUGGCUGCGGGAGCUCAGGGGAAGCAGCUUCCUGGGCAAUCGGGCGGCGGUGGCGGGCGGCGGCCUCAUGGCGCGCGGAAUCAGCAGCAGCGACUGCUGGCGCCUGAAGGGGGGCCCUGCAGACAGCGGCGGCGCCGACGCGAGCUGCGACGUCUUUGUCAGCGCUGUGCACGUCGCAGGCAAUGCGGCCGCCGACGCCGGCGGAUUCCACUUCGAAUGGGAUGCGACCCACAUCUUGCGGGUCCUCGACAGCCGAUUUGUUGGCAACCAGGCCCACGGCCGCGCCCCGCCAGACGCCGCGGCGAUCUGGGCCGCGCACCUGCCCAGAGCAUCCGUCCUGCGGCGCGCUUGCGAGCCCUCUAAGGUUUCAUCGCAGGGGCCUGGUCCGCAGCCGGCCUCCGGCUUUGGCGGCGCCCUGGGUCUGACGCUGCUCGGUGACGCGGUCGCAUACAUUCAGGGCUCGUCCUUCGAGCACAACUGGGCGGCCGGCGGCGGCGGCGGCGUGCACGCCUGCAGCCUUGCCCCGAGCGCUCCCAAGUGGAACACGCUCGUCAUGCACAAGACGUCCCUGAACAGGAACCGGGCCGGGGGCGCGGCUGCGGGCGUGCCCCCCGAUGACGUCAGCGGCAAUGAGGCGGCCGCCGGUGACGGCGGGGCGCUCGCGCUGUCUGGGGCGGGCUCCGCGUUCAUGUUGCUGGACCUGAUUGCGGACGGCGACGCCGCGCCGCGCGGGGGCGGGGCGGUGAUGGAUACGAUGAUGUCAGACCCCAGCACGCAGCAGCUGCUGCUGUCGCGCAUGCCGCCCCACAUGCGGCGGCCCGAGGUCCUCAGGGCAAUGAUGGCCAACCCGGAGGUGCGCCAGCGCAUCUCCGCGCUGGCGCAGCAGACGGGCCUGCACCAGGUGAUGGGCGGCCUGCAGGCGGACCGAGUGGCGGCCGGCAUCGACGCAUCACGCAAGGCGGGGAUGGACCCAGGCGUCCUGUUUGGCCGCUUUAUGUCGUCCCCCAGCCUGGCGGCAAAACUUAAAGACCCCCGGGUGCUCUCCGCGCUGAUGGACGUGGUCAGCAACGGGCCCGAGGCCCUGGGCAAGUACUCUGGCGACAAAGCCAUCGUGGAGGCCUGGAACGAGGCCGCGGAAAUCCUGGAGCAGCAGCAAAAUGCGGAGCAGCAGCAGCAGCAGCAGCAGCAGCCGGCGGGCGGCGGCGGCGCGAUCGGCACGCCGCCGUCGAGCGCGCCGGGCGAGGCCGGCGGCGGCGGGGACGCGAUGCAGGCCGCGGAGCGGGCGCUGGGCGUGCGGCCCGAGGAGCUUGUGGCGCGCGCGCUGGCGCGGCCGGAGCUGCUGCGGCAGGUGCAGGACCCGGAAGUGCAGCAGGCGCUGGUCGAGAUCACCAAGAGCCCGUGGAAGGUGGUCAAGUACCUGCUCAACGCCAAAGUCAUGGGGGCGCUCAAGAGCUACCGCAAGAGCGUCGUGGCCGCCAGGCGCGCAGAGCAGGGGAAGAGGUCCGGCCUGACGGAGGAGCAGAAGCAGGAGAUUCGGGAGGCGUUUGACCUCUUUGACACCGAUGGCAGCGGCACCAUCGACGCCAAGGAGCUCAAGGUCGCCAUGCGGGCGCUCGGCUUUGAGCCCAAGAAGGAGGAGAUCAAGAAGAUGAUUGCGGACAUUGACAAGGACGGCAGCGGCACCAUCGACUUCGAGGAGUUCCUACAAAUGAUGACAGCCAAGAUGGGCGAGCGGGACUCGCGGGAGGAGAUCCUGAAGGCCUUCAAGCUGUUUGACGACGACAACACAGGCCGCAUCACGUUCAAAAACCUCAAGCGUGUGGCCAAGGAGCUGGGGGAGAACCUGACCGAUGAGGAGAUCCAGGAGAUGAUUGACGAGGCCGACAGGAAUGGCGACGGCGAGGUGGACGAGGAGGAGUUCAUGCGCAUCAUGGCCAUGUUUGGCAAGGGCCAAGAGGAUCUGACUCGCCCUGAAGAGGUUGAGCUGAAACAGCUGGCGGGGAGGGGCGACCAGGAUGGCACGGUCGAUCUCGACGCUGCCAGCAACGUAAAUCGCCCAGGCCGCGAGCCUGCUACCGGGCUGGAGAGCGUGGCGGCGCUGGUCGAGCCGGACGAGGCUGGGCCGCGUAGCGAGCGCGGAAUCCAGGAGCGCCCGCCCUCGCCUGGGCAGUUCGAUGGAGACGGGAGGGCCCUGUAA